UUACAUAUGCCCAGCCAGGCUUGAGCUAUACUCAACUCUUUCUCUCUCUCUCUCUCUCUCUCUCUCUCUCUCUCAAACUCUGAAAAAUUUCCAGCUGGUCUCAAAACAAACCACAAACCACAAACCAAAACCACCAUGGCAGAUGUGCUAAGCGAGGAGCAGAUUGUAGAGUUCAAGGAAGCUUUUUGUCUCUUUGACAAAGAUGGAGAUGGCUGCAUUACCGUAGAAGAAUUGGCGACGGUGAUUCGGUCGUUGGAUCAGAAUCCCACCGAGGAAGAGCUUCAGGACAUGAUAAGAGAAGUGGAUGCUGAUGGAAAUGGGAGCAUAGAGUUCGCGGAGUUCCUCAACUUAAUGGCCAAGAAAGUAAAGGAAACAGACGCAGAAGAGGAGCUUAAAGAAGCCUUCAAAGUUUUUGACAAGGAUCAAAAUGGUUACAUCUCAGCCACUGAGUUGAGGCAUGUGAUGAUAAAUCUAGGGGAAAAGCUAACUGAUGAGGAGGUGGAGCAGAUGAUCAGAGAGGCCGACUUGGACGGUGAUGGGCAGGUUAACUACGAUGAGUUUGUGAAGAUGAUGAUGACCGCCUAGCACAAUUCCUAAUUGUUCAUUGAAUGAUGAAUACCCAUUGAAAUUUGUUUAUUUUCAACCUUCCAACAAAUAAGCGUGUUCUUAUUUCUUAAUUUUCGUUGUACUGUUUCUUGUAUUUGUACCCGAUUGAAUUCCAUGACUCUAAAUUAGAAUUAAUUGACUUUCAACCUUUGAUUCA